AUGGCGACCACAAAGCCCGACCAGGGAAAGGUUGUGGACGAGGCGACGCAGCAGAUGCACCGCAUUCGUGUCACCCUCAACAGCCCCAGCGUGAAGAGCCUCGAGAAGGUCUGCUCCGAGCUGGUGCGCGCCGCCAAGGAGAACAAGGUGACGGUGAACGGCCCGGUCCGCAUGCCCACCAAGACGCUGCGCAUCACCACCCGAAAGACGCCCUGCGGCGAGGGCUCCAAGACCUGGGAUCGCUUCCAGAUGCGCAUCCACAAGCGCAUCAUCGACCUGCGAAGCACCUCGGAGAUCGUCAAGAAGAUCACCUCGAUUGGCAUCUACCCCGGUGUGGACAUCGAGUUCACCAUCGCCAACUCAUAA